AUGGCACAGUCACUCACUGCUGCCACCACCACCCUUGAGCGACGGACAGUCGUCUCAGCUCUCAUAUUUUCCGCCCGACCAUAUGCGUCCAAACCAUAUCGAGUCCUGCUCUUCCGCCGCUCUGAAAAGGUUCGGACGUACCAGAGGAAGCUCGCACCUAUCGCUGGCUCGGUCGUAGCAGAUGACCAGAAUCCGCUAGCUGCGGCAUGGCGCGAAAUAAAAGAAGAGACUGGUUUGGGACCACAACAGCUCGAACUAUGGAGAAGAGGAGCCGGCUUCGAGUUUACCGAUGAGAAAGCCGUGAGUGGCCAGCAUGGCGGCAACUCCAAGGGGAGAAUCUGGAAGGUCUGGCCCUUCGCAUUCCGCCUGAAAGGGAUGGUGCCCGAUCAAGAGAACGAUGUCAACAAGCUGGGAUUGAACCUCGACUGGGAGCACUUAGGAUGCGAGUGGAAAGAUGUUAGCGACAUACUCGAUCGGAAGAUCUUGGAUGAUUGUGUCCCAAGGCUAGAAAUUACCCUUGGCCAGCUCUGGGUCGACCCGGGUAGUGUGCUACAUCAAGGACUCGAGGAGCUCCGACUGGAUCAUGAACACGGUGCCAGAGAAUUGGCUACAAUGGCGAUCAGGUCAAUGGUCAAGAUCGUGGAACAUGAUCGACAAGGCCAGCCACCCAAAGAUACGAAGCAAUGGUGGCAAAGUUUCCAGCGACAAGCGUUUCAUCUCGCUUUCAACGGCCGACCCAGCAUGGAGGCCGCCAUCUCCGGUGCUGUGGCCACGGCGUUGAAAGACGCCAAGGGGUGCAUCGAUACUGGAGGGCAGAACCCACUUGACCGAAUCAAAAUGAGCCUGGAAGCGUAUAUCAUACGUCGCAACCAGACAUCUAAGCAAGUGAGUGACCAGUUCUCAAAUUUCUUGCAAGACAGGUUCAAGAAAACUCAAACCGGACGAGCCGAGACAAGAUCCCUCAAAAUCUUAACCCUAAGUUUUUCAUCGACCAUCAAAGCUGCAAUUCUACAUGCCUUGGAUGCCGACGAAUCAUUGUCUUUGGAACUGAGGAUCCUUGAAUCACGUCCUCUCAAUGAAGGCGCAAGGUUUGCAAAGGUGCUAACGCACGAGGCUCAGCGACGGCGAGAAUCCCAAAGCAGUGGCCUCUACUUUCACAACCGGUUACGUAUAACACUGGCAAGCGAUGCCUCGGUGGGGAUCCUGAGCAAAAACGUCGAUCUCGUUAUGAUGGGCGCUGAUCGCAUUUCAGAAGCUGGAGAUGUCAGCAACAAGACUGGCUCAUUGGCGGCCGCCUUGGUUAGCAAGUUUGUCACUAACGGCUCAGCUGACGUUAUCUGCAUCAGCGAGAGCGAAAAAAUAGCUGUUCCUGGGACAGCGGAGGAGCACCAAGCGGAGGAUAACGACGUGGAAGAAUUGGCUAGUAGCUGGCAUGUGGAUCCCUCAGCAGCAUGGGAGGAGAUGGUAACGGUGCGUAACGUCUACUUUGAAUGGUGUCCUGCGACUUAUAUCGAUCAUUACAUCUGCGAGCAUGGCACGUUAUCGACGCCGGACAUCCGUCAAAGGUCGAAGCAAACCUUGAAACUCAUUGAAGAGGUAUUCCCAUCCGAGCAUUUCUAA